UUGGUAUAAAAAAUAAAUAUCUGUACCUAUAUUAGUUAAUUUAUUAAUUAUUAAGUUAGUUAUCGGAAUUCCAAAUUUCGAGAGUCGAGAUUUAGUCAGAUAAUUGUAAAUAUAUUAUGUAUCUUACACGAGACGUUUUCGAAUUAUGUAUUAAAUAAUUAAUAAUCUUUAACAAAUUGCUACAAUAUCCCAAAGGCCAUAACACUUAAAUAUAGAUACUUUGUUGUAGAACGUAAUUUUGUUUGUUUAAAAAAAGAAAAUGAAGAAUACUCAAGGUGUAAUAUAAAAAUGUCAACCUACUCGUUUGUUAGAUACUGCUGUGUAUUUAAAUCAAACAUUGUGAUAAAUACCAAGUAUGUCUAGUGAUUUCCCUAUUGAUGUAAAUCAAUCAUUUGAAAAUGUGCAGUCAGUUAAUAAGAAUAGAAGCCUCAGAGGAUUAUUUUUAGUGGGAUUAACUGGCGGUAUUUCUAUUGCUUUGAGUGUAAUUUGUUAUCCAUUCGUUUCUCCAGCUUUACGGAAAGUAUGUUUACCUUAUGUUCCAGCUACAAAUAUGCAAAUCCAAAAUGUACUGAAUGUAAUCAAAGGGCGAAAAGGGAAAUUAGUAGACUUAGGCAGUGGCGAUGGAAGAAUAGUUAUGAAUACGGCGAAAGCAGGAUUUGAAUCAGUUGGUGUAGAGUUAAAUUUUUGGUUAGUGAUGUAUUCACGUUUGGUUGCCAUGAAAUCUAAAAUUCAGCCUUCUCCAAAAUUUAUUCGAACAGAUUUGUGGAAAUAUCACUUAGGACCUUUCACAAAUGUUGUAAUAUUUGGUGUUGAAGAAAUGAUGUUGGAUCUGGAAAAAAAGUUCUCUACGGAAUUGUCUGAGGGAACAGUAAUAGUUGCUUGUCGCUUUCCUCUCCCAAAUUUAGAACCUUACUUAGUCAUUGGCACAGGAAUUGACAGAGUUUGGGCUUAUAGAAUAUCUAAGACCAAACCAUAAUCCAUCAGAACAUGUUUUUAUAGG